UCGUCGACGUCACGUUUGCAGUAUUUUACCGCGCACCGACCUCUACGCACGUCAGCAAAAUACGCGGCGGUCGAGACUGCGAGUAUAAACCGUGUGUCUGACGACGCACACCUACGAUAUAAUUCCUAUUUCCGACAGCGGCCGUUCGGUCCGAGAGACGCCGUUCACCCUUCCGGUCCUGUCCGGUAUUACGUCCGGCCACAUCCACACCGGAAUUACGCAUCGAUCUAUAUUGUAUUAUAUACAGACGCGUAGAUCGCGGAUCACAUCACCGAUUGGCGAUUUUUUGUCUCCGCUCGACACUUUGUCUCCCGCGGCCGUUGGCCAUGUGCAGGCCGGUCGGUGCUGUGGCCGUGAAGUGCCUAGUCGCGGUCUUCGCGGCGGCAGUGGUGGGGGUGGCGGCCGUCACGCGUCACCCUGUGACGGUGGUCGUAUCGUUCGACGGUUUCCGACCAGAUUAUAUAAAGCCCAAUGUGACGCCGCACAUGGCCUGGUUUCAGAAGGUGUCGGCCGCGCCACCGUACAUGCGAAGUACGUUCCCCACGAAGACGUUCGUCAACCACUUCACCAUGGCCACCGGAAUGUACUCCGACAAGCACGGCGUGCUAGACAAUUACAUGUUCGACAAGCACUACGAUAAGAUGCAUUACACGUACGAGCAGUUCCACUACGAUGAUGCGGUGGUGCCCAUCUGGAUCCAUAACGAAAUCAAUGGAGAUGGACGAUAUAGCGGUGUGAUGAUGUGGCCAGGAUCCGAAUUUGCGUAUCAAAACAAGUAUCCUACCCAUAUACAAAAAUACAACAGUUCAAUUCCAUGGACCGAUCGUAUCGACAAAAUUAUGUCAUGGAUUAAAGACGAAAAAAAACCAGCCAAUUUAGUGUAUGCGUAUUUUGAAGAACCAGACCAUACUGCUCAUUUAAAAGCAUCCGACUCACAAGAAACAAUAAAUCAAAUUGUGAGAGCAGAUGCCACUCUAAAGUAUAUACUCGAUCAAAUAAAACAUGAAAAACUAGAAAAUAAAAUAAAUCUCAUUAUUCUCAGUGAUCACGGGAUGGAUACAGUUACGUAUAAUCGAAUGAUACAUUUAAAUGAAUAUGUGUCCAAUACGACUUACAAAAGCAUUAUGUCAGGUCCUAAUGCGUUCAUACAUCCAAAUCCGAAUAAAUUCGAUGAAGUUUAUAAAAAUCUUUCAAAAGUAGCCAAUACUUCCAGAACAUUUAAUGUAUUUAAACAAGAUCAAUUACCCGACCGUUGGCAUAUGAAAAAUAAUACUAGGUUGACCGAUAUUAUAUAUUUGUUGGCUAAACCUCAAUAUGCGUUUUGGGAUACAUAUUUUGAAUUUAUUUUAAACGGAACAACCAAGGAGAAAUUCAAAAUAGGGGCGCACGGGUAUGACAACGCGGAACCGCAGAUGCGAGCCAUCUUCAUGGCUUCCGGACCGGCGUUCAAGAAGAACUACUCCGCUGUGCAGUUCGACAACGUGGAUCUUUACCCGCUGAUCAGCCGGAUCGCGGGCCUAACAGAGCCGAGCCGACAGAUUGACGGAACGAUAAAGGGCGUUGAACAGCUGCUGUCCGUCGGCGCUGCCCCCACGUUCACGCCGCCCGUCUUAGGUAUAUUUUCAGCUUUGUUACUACAAGUGAUCGCACGGAGUCGUCUGUGAACCCAAAAACCACCAGAAUACUCUCCCCCUUCCCCCUCGGUCAGUGAUCGGACCAGAAAUUCAUCUUAACACAAUAACAAUUAUAUAUUCCGAGGUCCUGAUUUUUGGGUGGGGAUGAUAAGGUGGUUGUCUCGUCUCGUUCGCGACACUUUUUCGAGUCCUGUUAACAAUAUUGUACAUAUAGAUAAAAAUAUUUUGGUACCGUCGUUCGAUUCAUCCUUUUCAAUAAUAUUAUAUUAUUAAUUUAUUAGGUAUCAAAUAAAUAUUUGAUUCGAUGAAUUGGCUGAACCUAACCGAUAUUAAUUUUAUUAUGUUACACGAUUUACAUAUUAUAACGAAUUCGGAAUUACAAACAUACAAAUUCAUCACGUGACCCUUACAUGAGCCUUGUCAAAAUAGUGUCGCAGGUGCGAUUUUGUUUAUUCUAACAACAUUGCAAUACCUUAAACGUAAACAUAUAUUUUUGACUUAAUAGAUAUUAAAUUCAUACGCGCCUUAUUUCGAAUCGUGUAGGUAUAUCUCGUAUUAUGAUUUAUUCGUUUAGUCAUUGUACUUACUACUUAUAUGGUAGGUUUAGUAAAAUAGGUUCAAUAAUAUGUAAGUAGGUUAAUUAUGUUUUUUUUGCAUUAUAUUAUUAUUAUGAAAUAUUAGUUAUAAUGUUUUAAGAUUUGCAAAACGAAAUCUCUCAAUCAUAUUUAUAUUUUUACUUAAUAAAGUUGUGUACCUAAUUAAACAAUGUAUCUUUAUUAGUCAACUAUAGGUGUUUAUAAUGUAAAAUCAAAAAUAGUAUAUAAUAUUUUUUAAUAAAAUUAAAAUAUAUAAAAUAAUAAACUUAUCUGCAUUAUAUUCGUCAUCUUUCAUAGUAUAUAUUUUUAUUUAUGCAACUAUGUUCUGCCAAAAAAAUACAUAUAACGUAUAUGUAAAUGUAAUUUUUAUUGUAUUGAUUUAUAUAAUUACAAAUGUAUUAUCAUUAUAUAUUAAUGAAAAUAACAAUAAACUUAUAAACUA